CGCGCAACGUGUGUAACGACCUCUACAUGGAUAGGUUUAUAUUCGCUAGUAACACAUUAGUAUGUCACUGUCAGUAGGUAACUUGUAACAUGAGAUGGCUGUUCGACUUCCAUCAGAUAGCACUCGUAUUCAGGGUUGCAUGAGCGAUUGAAGUCAUCCCGGUCCUAGCCAUGUUGACCUGGCGAAAUAUGCAUGUUACAGUGCGAACAGUAUCUGGACUUUUAAAUUCCUAUCGGGUGAUCCGCAGCCGAGAAUGCAUGUGUGCACAUCGUACUAGGACUUUCACCACCGGUAGAAUUCUACACAAUAAAUUCUUUAAAGACCUGGAAAACCAAUUUAAUGCUGCGAGGGACAAGGUGGCGGAUGCCCUGCCAGGUAGCCAGUGGAGCCCCUUCGAGAUGAACCCCAACCUUCCCCCCGAGAGGGCGGACAUAGUGAUCAUCGGAGGGGGUGUGAUUGGCUGGUCGAUAGCCUAUUGGCUAAAAAAAAAGGAGAGGGUGCGGGAUGGAGUGAAAGUGAUAGUGGUAGAAAAAGACCCAACGUAUUCCCAGGCCUCCACAGUGCUCUCCGCAGGGGGCAUACGCCAGCAGUUCUCCCUUACAGAGAACAUACAGCUCUCUUUGGCCUCAGCAGACUUCAUGCGGAAUAUCAACGAGCACCUGGGCGUGUUGAACCAGGAGCCGGUGGACCUCCAGUUCAACCACUCCGGCUACCUGUUCGUGGCCAACGAGAGCGUGGCCCACAUCAUGGAGGAGAACUACAGCACACAGAGGUUCGCCGGGGCCAAAGUGUCACUCCUCUCGCCUGUGCAGUUGAAGGAGAAGUUUCCCUGGAUCAACACCGAGGACGUUGCGCUCGCCUCCUACGGGCUGGAGAACGAGGGUUGGUUCGACCCGUGGACCCUGCUGAACGCAUUCAGACAGAAGGCUAUUUCCAUGGGCGUCAUUCAGAGCAUUGGAGAAGUCACUGGUUUCAACUGUACAUUAAACAGAAUGGACACUGUUGACGGCGAGACGGUGGACGUCAAGAGAAUAAAACAUGUGAACGUUCGGAUGCCCAACAGUCGGGAGUACCAGCCGGUGGAGUGUGCCAUCGUGGUGAACGCGGCGGGGGCCUUCUCUGCUAAACUAGUGGACAUGAUGGGCAUCGGCACUGGUCCCAAGGACACGCUCUCAGGGAUGGCCUUACCGGUGGAGCCCCGCAAAAGGUUUAUCUAUGUAUUCAACUGUCCGGAUGGGCCAGGGCUGGACUGUCCCUUCCUGGUUGACUACUCUGGUAUUUACUUCAGGAGAGAGGGCCUCGGGGGAAACUACAUCACUGGGACAUCCCCAGAGGAGGAUGCAGAGCCCGAUGUCAGCAACCUUGAUGUGGACCACGAGUUCUUCCAGGAGAAAAUUUGGCCUUCAUUGGCUCAUCGCGUCCCUGCUUUCGAGAGCCUUAAGGUGACUAGCGCAUGGGCCGGCUACUACGACUACAACACCUUCGACCAGAACGCCAUCCUGGGCAUCCACCCGCUGGCACAGAACAUGUUCUUCGCCACGGGCUUCAGUGGGCACGGCCUGCAGCAAUCGCCCGCCGCUGGGCGGGCGGUGGCGGAGCUUAUCCUGGACGGCAGCUACCAGACGCUGGAUCUGAAGGGGCUGGGCUUCCAGCGCAUCAUGGCCAAGGAGCCACUGCUAGAGAAGAACAUCGUCUAGUUGUGUGGGAGUAGCAUGAAGACAGAAGGUUCACGAACUGUUGAACAAUGCCACACUCGCCCAGGGAUGUAGCAGGAGACCCUGGAGCAUAAAGUAUUCGGCUAGUUUGCUAAGACCCCAGGUUAUUGGCAAACCAACAGAAAACACUGUUUCGAUAAGUGGACCCCAGUACAACAAUUCAAUAAGUUGCCAGGAUAAGUGUAGGAGGGGCUGUUUUAAAACUGAUUGGAAAGAUGCCUUCGUAUUUGCUUAAGUUCUGAAUCAAAAUCAAGUGCUCAGUUCCCAAUUGUUUUAACUUACAUGCCAUGCUCAGUCUCUUCAGUCUUUGAGCAUGCACUGUGACAUGUAAAGACAAAAACUGAACUUGUGUUUUUUCUUUUGAUUGUGGGCACUAUUUGAGAAAAGACCUAGCCAGGGCAGUUCAUAUGCAGUUACUUAUGUUGUACAAAACAAACAUACAGCUAUGGGAGGGGCUAAACACCAAUUUGGGAUAGAAUGGAUGUCAAUGGCUCAUCGACUGCCCAAUUUUGGAACAAUGAACAAUGCCACAGCGAGAGCCUGAGUUGAACCAAUCCCUUGGCUGAUUUUAAUUCUCGACAUAGAAAACGUCUUUACUUAACCCCUGGUCUCAACAAAAUGUCCAAAUCCUUGAAUGAAGCCUGGUGUCAGUCUCACGGAAGAAUCAAACACAUAAAUCAUUAAGCAAUUGGUAAGUGGAAGAGAAUGGAGGGGGACAACAUUACCUAGACACCUACUCUGUUGCCUUAGGAUAAAAUUCGUAAACGCUGACUUGUGAUAUUGUCACUCAACUAAAUAACUAUUGUGUUUUACUCUGUCAUAGUUAUUCUCACCAAUCUACUGAAAUUAUUUUGUCACAAGCAUUUCCGAAAACUCUUUCUAGAGGGAGCCAUUACUGUAGUUAUUUCAAAGUAAGAGUCAGGGGCCCCUCUAAUGGGGUACCAGGCCUUAGUUGGACUAACAUUUAUCCACAGCCCAGAGAAUAAUUCACUGUGUAUAAAACAUUUUACAGAAAGGAUAUAUACUUAUAUAUGUGAGUCGCUUUGGAUAUAAGGGUCUGCUAAAUGUAAAUGUGUGCAUUAACUUGCGUAGGCACAGACUCAAGCAAUUGAACAGCCAAAGCUUUGUAUUAAUGAUUGAGUUACUUGUUAGCCAGUGGUGAAUACCUUAACCCAACACCGACCCUAAAGCAAUUGGCCCUACUAUUCAGAGUAGUUAAAGGUUCAACAGGGUAGGGGGGGUCAAGGCAAGCUGCUGAAACCUUUUAAACAAACAGUGAGAAGGAAUGAUCCAAGGAAUGAACAAUGCAAAGUCUUAUUUUGACAUAUGUGUAUACAGAGAGACAUAUUUGUGUGAAAUAUACAUUUACAUAUUGUCUUCUGUUAAGAUGCUGAGGUCCUUAAAACUCCUCAGCAUCUUACAAUCAAGGUUGAUCUGGAGUUUAUUUUGUAUCAAAAUGUUUUAAAAUGAAGGAAAUGGCAGAGAGCAUUUCAUAUUAUUGAGGCCUGUAUAAUGUCCUAUUCCGAUUGGAAAAGCUGUAUUUUGCGUUCACUUUUCCAAUUCUAUAGGCUCAUCUUUUCUCUUAUUCAACAUUAUAAAUUUUGCUGGGUUCUUUGAGUAUUUGUAUCUUCUCUGUGGUUAAUUAUAUUUCAUUAUACAACACUAUAGCUGUUAUUUCUGCCUGAAACCCAAAUCAUUGUUUGAGGUAGCUCAAUAUAAGGGAGACAUACAAAAAACAUAAAUUCUGCAAUCCUAAUAUGUUAACCAAAGCAUGGACUCCAUGAGACAAAGGUGUUUUAUGCCUUGCAUAUAAUAUGAAUCUGUUAAUUCUAUCAGUAUAAUGAACCUGAUGUAGGUUUAUAAUGACCUACAUUAGGAUAACAGAUAGAUUCUACCAAAGACAUGUAUACAUAUAUGCAUAAUGGAUUUACAUUUAUUUGGAAAUAAAUCCUAGAAAGAUUUGCCAGGUUGGUUAAGACCCCAGGUUAGUCACCCAAGGUGAAAAUGUCUUUGUUCACAUGUCAACUGAUACUUGUGUGGUGUAGGAGCGUUCUGAAAAUGGGCCCUUGGCAAUCCAAUGAAAUCCAUUCUAUUCAAAUCGAGUGUUUUAACAGCUCCUUAAGCUGUGCUUUUCUUUUGUCCAACACAUGUAAGCCCAUAGAAACGGCCCUGGCUAGCUAGGUUUCUCCAAUAGGGCCCACCUAGGAGCCAAACCUCAAGUUUCGGUUCUGUGUUUUAACGCCACUGGACAUGCUCAGGGACUUGUCUCUGAGUCGGGCACUGUCGCUGAGCCACUACCUCAGACUCCCUGAGCGAGUGGGGCAUGCACAUAGUCUAAACAGAGAAUCGUACAUUUAUGGCUCACCAACAUGCCACCAUUCAUAACACGCCUGCUCUGUGAGAGGGGCUGAGAUGAAUAAGAAUUUGGUUCAUCUCGACAUAGACAAUGACACCAAAUAACCUGGGGUCUUAACAAACCGGCCAAAUCCUUUAACCUUCAUAAGCGUGACUCGUUGUCUACUGGAGAUACGUACAUAAAUAUAUAGUCUGGAAGUUGUGGGGGGAAGUGG